AUGGCAAGGGAGGAGUGCAAGGCGCUGCUGGACGCUCUCAACAAGACGACCGCAUGCUACCACCACCUGGUGCUGACCGUCGGCGGCUCGGCAGACUCGCAGAACCUGCGUGAGGAGUUGCAGAAGACGCGCCAGAAGGCGCAGGAGCUGGCGGUGGCCAUCCGCGCCCAGCUGACGGCCGCGCUACGCGACCGGGGCCUGGGCGCCGAGGAGCGCGCGGAGUUCGAGCGCCUCUGGGUGGCUUUCUCUGGCUGCCUGGACCUGCUGGAAGCCGACAUGCGGCGUGCGCUGGCCCUGGGCACCGCGUUCCCGCUGCACGCGCCGCGGCGGCCGCUGGUGCGCACCGGCGUAGCGGGCGGCUCCGCGGGCGUAGCGGCGCGCGCCCUGAGCGCCCGCAGCCUGCGGCACGAGGCGGAGCGCGACUUCGACGUGGACGACCUGCGCGAGCUGGAGCGGGAGAUCCUUCAGGUGAGCGAGAUGGUCAACGACAUGGAGAUGAAGGUCAACGUGCCCCGCUGGACCGUGCAGGCCCGCCAAACGGCGGGCGCCGAGCUCCUGUCCAGUGUCGGCGCCUCUUCGGUGGGCGUCGUGUCUGUACAGGAGCGCACCGGGCCUUGCGACGUGAGCAAGGCCCUGGCCGCCACCGUUUUCAGCGCCGUGCUGCUGGCGGCCGUGGCCCUGGCCAUCUGCGUGGCGAAGCUGAGCUGACCGACAGAAGACUCUACUCGCCGCCGCCGCCACCGCUCCCUCCCCGAAGACAUCCUUCAGGAACG